AUGGAUGAUGACCUGGAGGCAAACCCUUCAAAUGAGGAUGUGGACGAGAAGAAGCCAGAAGAACACAUUAAACUCAAAGUCAUCAGACAGGAUAGCAGUGAGAUACAUUUCAGAGUGAAAAUGACAACACAUAUGAAGAAACUCAAAGAACGCUACUGUCAAAGACAAGGAGUUUCAAUGCACUCACUUCGAUUUCUGUUUGAUGGUAAAAGAAUUGCUGACAACCACACCGCCAAAGAGCUAGGAAUGGAGGAAGACGAUGUAAUUGAAGUUUAUCAGGAACAAAACGGGGGUCAUUCAAUGAUUUAG